AAACGUCAACAAUUUCAUCGAUGUGAAAAGAUCGAAGGAAACUGUCAAAUUGAUCGUUUGGUUAAUUUCGAUAGUUAAUCAAAACAUACGUGAAACACAAAAAAGAUUAAUAUCAAUAAUGGUAUAAGUUUUUCAAUAUUUUCCAAAAGCUAUAUUAAUGAUAUAUAUUUUGUAAAUUUAAGAAAUGUCGAUUAAUAUGAUAUACUGUAAAUAAUAACUGUGAUUUAAAAUAUGUAAAGAUAAAAUAUGUUUUAUUAGAUAUGAAACAUCAUUUAAUAUACAGAAAUAACAUAAAAUUAAGAAUUAAUAAUAAUAGUAAUAAUAAUAAUAAUCUCUUAUCGGCUUUCGCUUAUUAUGCGACCUUAUUUCGCAUUCAUGAUUAAGAUUGAUUAAUGCGCUAAUAAUUAGAUAAUGAUGUUGUAUGUUUCUACAAUUACAAAUUACAUACAAUCAUAUGAAUGAAAUGUUUUCUUUGUAAUAGCAGGUAAAAUAAUAUGACAAUGCUGUUGAAUAUUUUAUUUCAUAGAAAUGCAACAAAUUCUCUUUGUAAGUUACAAUUUGUUUAUCAAUCAUUGGUAAGAAAUACUAAAUAUAGGAAUCCUAUGCUUUAUAAAUCUCUCCACUCUUCGUCCAAAUGUACAUUUAGAAUAAAAAGUAUAAGAGAAUGUAAGAAACAAAUAUAUAACGAUUUGAAAGACGUAAAUACAAAUGUGCAAAAUAAUGUAAUAUUAUAUAAGAAUAAAGACACUUAUGAUUUCAUAGUAGUGAAACUACUUUUCUAUGGGUGGAUUUUUUGUAAUACAUUAAUAGCAGUGGCAACUUAUAGUCCAAAAUAUAUAACAACAUGGUGUAAGGAUAUAUCUUGGACAGAGUACAUAAAAAUAAAUGGAGCAUCUUUCAUGUACUUUGCAUAUUCUAUAAUAAUAGGACCUCCUGCCAGUAUAGUACUAUAUUUGUUUAAUCGAAGAUUUAUAAAGUACGUUAUUUUACAUAAAGGUGGCAAAGAUGUAUCUAUAAUCACUAAUCAUUUAUUUAAAAGAUAUGAUAGCAUUACACUUCCUCUUGAAAAGGUUAAAGUUACAUUAGCAAGGCAGGAAAUGAAAACUUACUUGCCAAUGAAGAUUCAAGGCAGAAGAUUCUAUUUCAUUCUCGAUGGUCAAGGAGAAUUUUUAAAUGAAAAAUUAUUUGACUGUACAGUUGGAAGUACAAGACGUUGGUAGAUGUAUUUUAUGAGUUAAAUAAAUUAUUAUAAGUAAAUUAGAGAUGUAAUACAACUA